CUCGCCCCCGCGCCCGCGUCCUCCCUCGGCUCUUCUGACAGAAGCUGCGCGGCUCGCGACCCAGACCGCGCGUCACUACCCUCCCCUCGCCCCUCUCGCCCGCAACGCGGUUCACUGGCGCGCCUCGCGCCGCGGCCGCGGAAGCAAAACUCCCGGCCGCGGGUGUUCCCGGAACCGGAAGCUUCGGCGUUCGUCUCGCUCCCCACCCCCGCCGCCCCUCCAGGCUGGCCUGGGCGACCUGGGCGCUGCGGCCAUGACGGCGCGCGGGACCCCGAGCCGCUUCCUGGCCAGUGUCCUCCAUAACGGGCUGGGGCGCUACGUACAGCAGCUGCAGCGUCUCAGCUUUAGCCUCAGCCGCGAUGCGCCGUCGUCUCGUGGCGCCAGGGAGUUCGUGGAACGAGAGGUGGCCGACUUCGCCCGACGGAACCCGGGGGUCGUGAUAUACGUGAACUCGCGGCCGUGCUGUGUGCCCAGAGUAGUGGCCGAAUACCUUAACGGGGCUGUGCGCGAGGAGAGCAUCCACUGCAAGUCAGUCGAGGAGAUUACGACGCUGGUGCAGAAGCUGGCCGACCAGUCGGGCUUGGACGUGAUCCGCAUCCGCAAGCCCUUCCACACGGACAGCCCUAGCAUCCAGGGCCAGUGGCACCCCUUCACCAACAAACCGACGACGUUGGGUGGGCUGCGCCCGCGAGAGGUCCAAGAUGCUGCCCUAGCCCAGGCGCAAGUGCCAUGAAGAGUUGCCCACCAGCUCCAGUACCCAGGCUUUGGACUCUUACCCCAGUGGAGGUGGUUCUUCCUCUUUGGGUUCAGGGGAUUCCAAGUCCACACAGGCAGAUAGAGCCCACCAAAAGGGAAACUGAUGCCAAAGCUUUUGCUUGGGAUAAAGAAGAGCUGUCUUUUCGUUGCUUAUGAGGCAGGGCAGUGACUUUGUUCGUCUCCUAAUUCUUCCCCAUUUGAUAUCCCUGAAACCUGACUCUUCGAGGAUAUUACAGGCAUUUCUGAAAUCCAGAUUGAUAACAGUGAUCUCAAAUCCCAGCGAGCGCUUUCAAGAUUGGCAUCUGAAGAAUCCCCCGUGUCCUUUUUCUGUAACCAUUGAGCUAGAGAGCUAGCAUCUUCCACCCUGCUGUGGACCUGGCAUUAGGAUAAUCACUUUAUAUCCGUGUGAAUGUUUAGAUUAGAAAACUGAGGUUAAUAAACAUGUUCGAGGUUACACUUGAGGUCUUCGAAAUAUGUGUAGAUUUUAAAUAUAACCUCACAUUUCGUUAUUCUAAAACCAGAAGCGGAACAUAUAACCUUUCAGGAUGGUUAGUAUCAAAGGCCAUGUGAUUAAUCUAGUCCUGACCCUUGGAGAGUGAUUCUCAGGUCAGAUCUGUGGUAACAAGCUUGCCCUUGUCCUAACUAUUCCCCAAGACAGGCCCCUCUGCAGAAAGGAAUUCAUGUUGUCCUUUGUUGGGGGAGGGGAGGUACUGAAAAGCUUCUUGUGGACAAGCAAGAGAAAUAAACAGGGAGCAUCUUCUAGGCUUAGCUAAAACAAGGGGGAGGAAUGGUGAGGAAGAGAGUCAAGAGGUAGAAACCUAGAAACCUUUGUAUGAAUUCUUAAACAGCUGUAAUUUUGUCAUGCCCUUAUCACCAUGCUCAGUGAGUGGUGAGAACCUUAUAAAGGCCUGUGUACCUGCCCAGGGCAGCCAGAUGGAAGCUGAGGAUCCCAGUUUUCUCUGCAAAUGGUUUUAUAGGGAGCAGAGCCAACCCUGCAGCACUGUUUCCAUAGGCUCAGAAGCCUGCCCCCUGGUGAUCAG